AAAUUACGAGAAGAGCUUGAAGUUAAGGAAAAAGAAGAGGGAAGUUUGCGGUGGUGAGAGAGGGGAUCAGAGGAAGAGGGCGGAAGAGUAGCGGUGGCGCGAAAUUAUGGCUACCAUGCUUUCCUCCCAUUCCUCUCCUCUUUUCUUACCUCCCCAAUUACCUUCCUUUGCAAAGCCUUCUCUCUUUCCUUCCUCCGUUCCCUUCCCUCUUCGUUUUCAGAAAAAGUUCCCCAGAACCUCCCUCCGCGCUUUCUCUUCCAACAAUUCCGGUGUCUCCCGUCCUUUCAACGACGCUUUUGGUUCAAAUCCCACUCCCCCUUCUAAGAAAUCGGUCAUCAUCAAUCUGAUACAGGAGAUAGAACCAUUGGAUAACAGCCUUAUCCAAAAAGAUGUUCCUCCCUCAACUGUAGAUGCCAUGAAAAGGACUAUUUCGGACAUGUUGGGUUUACUUCCAUCAGAUAGGUUUCAAGUUUUAAUCGAGACAUUGCAGGAUCCUCUCUCCAAGUUAUUGGUUUCUUCUAUGCUGACAGGUUAUACAUUGAGGAAUGCUGAAUAUAGGCUUUGCCUUGAACGGAACCUUUGUUGUGAAGGACAUUUGGGAAAUCAAUCUUCAGAAAAAUCGAACUUUCAUUUACAGGAGACGUUGUUGGACGGUACAAAAACAAAUGGGUUUUCAAGGAAAGAUGAUUGGUCAUCUGAAUCUGAGAAAACCGCUGAAGACGAAUUUAGAGAUAUCGAAUAUCAAGGCAUGGGUGAAGUGUCCCCUGUAACUCAUAAAUAUAUUCUUUUUUUGCAGUCUCGUCUAACUUCCAUGAAAAAGGAACUUUGUGAAAUCAAGAGGAAAAAUGCUGCUCUGCAAAUGCAACAAAUUGCUGGGGAAGAAAAGAACGAUUUGCUUGACUACUUAAGAUCACUAGAGCCAGAUAAGGUAGCUGAGCUUUCCAAACCAACAUCCCUUGAAGCGAGAGAAGCAAUACACUCUGUAGUCCGUGAACUCCUUGCUACCCUUUCUCUGACGAUGCAUUCCAAGGUUCCUCCCUUUUCAGGGAAUUCAGCAACUGGAAUGGUAAAUAAUGUCGUGAGUGAAGAUUGUACCGAACUUGCUGAGAACGCUUCACUUCAGUUGCAGCCAACCAUUUUGUUAACACGAGACUAUCUUGCUCGUUUUCUCUUCUGGUGUAUGCUAUUGGGACACUACCUUAGAGGCCUCGAGUAUAGGAUGGAGCUAAUCGAACUUUUAUCCUCGACAAGCAGUCCCGAGGAUAACCGUGGUGGUGAUGAGGAGGUUAUCUAGAGUUGCUCCAACACGAGAGAUUCCAUCUGUCUACAGAACUGCAAAUCGGCCGAGGCUGGAUUCAGACAAGGAUACAGUGUUAGGCAUGUGCUGCGUUCCAAUUAUUCAAAGAUGACAUGAGCUGAUGCUUCAUUUUUUACUUGCUUUUUUGGUAAUGGUUCAAUCAAUAUUUGAUAAUAUUAAUUCUUUUAAAUUUAAAAAUAUUAAUAUAUUUUUAUGAAUGAC